AUGGCACCCCUACCAACUACACAAGUUGGCGUGCUCAUGGGCGUCCGCCUAGCCGAGCCUAUAGCCUACGUCGUCAUCUUUCCGUUCAUCAACGAGAUGGUCGAGCACAUGGGUGUGACGCACGAUCCUAAUCGAGUCGGGUUUUACUCUGGCCUAGUAGAAUCGGCCUUUGCGUUUGUCCAGUUCUUCACGGUUUACCAUUGGGCCAAGUUGUCAGAUAACAUUGGGCGCAAGCCCGUGAUACUGUGCGGGUUGUUGGGCGUGGCGGUAUCUAUUGCUGGCUUCGGACUAGCCACGUCCUUCUGGGCAGCCUUAUUCCUCCGCUGCCUAGCAGGCGCAUGGUCCGGCAAUGUCGCCGUCAUAAAAGCCUCCCUAGGCGAUAUAACAGACGACAGUAACGCAACCGACGCAUUCGCGCUGUACGGGUUGACUUGGACGAUCGGUGGAAUCCUAGGCAACGCGUUGGGCGGAGGACUCGCCCACCCCGCUGAAUUAUGGCCCGGCAUCUUCCAAGCACCAGUAUGGGCCAAACACCCCUACUUCCUCCCAUGUCUUGUGGCUGCCUCCACAACAGUUGUGGGCAUCAUAUUCGCCGCGGCGAUGUACACAGAGUCUCUGGAUGGCCUGGCCGGCACUUCUGAAGCAACCUUGGUCGGCGGCCUCACUGCGCUAGUGAAAGGAAAGAGGCGUCAUACCAGGUCCAUGUCGGCGUACUCGGAUAUCAGUGAUGCCGAGACGCUAGUCGACCCCAGAGACGGGGACAUGGGUGGCGUGGGAUUGGCCAUGAAACGCCUCCAUGAUGAAUACGAGGAAGAGGAGGAGUUGGUCGAGAUGGGGAUAAGGACCGAGUGGACGCUGAAGGAGUUGUUGAGAAUUCGCCAAGUGAGAGUUGCCAACGGCGCGCUGUUCCUCAAUUCGUUUGUCGCUGGUUCUUGGAGCGCCGUUAGCCUCCUCUUCUUCUACGACCGGCACAACGGCUUGGGCAUGUCCGCCUCGGCCAUCGGUGCGGCCCUCGCCAUCAACGGCGUGUGGACGAUCGUGUGCCAGCUCGCUUUCCUCACUCGACUCCGACGGGCUCUAGGGCUCGCCCGCGCGUACCAGGUUCUCACGGCCGGCUGGCUGCCGGUAUGGGCCCUCCUCCCCCUUCUCCGACCCCUCUUGGAGGCAGUCGAGGUGCCCGGCCCAGACGGGCUCUACCCAAAACAGCGGGGUUGGAUUGUCAGCAUCGCAGUCAACGUCUUCCUCUCGCUUGUAACGGUCGUCACCAUCAACACAUCGUUGUUGAUGGUCAUUGUCAACGACAGUGCGCCGGACCGUACCGCCCUCGGGGGGGUCAACGGCAUCAGCACCGCCGUAGGUAGCAUGGCGCGGGUCGUGGGGCCCAGCCUCGUUAGUGCGCUCUUCGCCAUUUCCAUGUCAUCCAACGUGCUUGGCGGUCGCCUGUGGUGGGUUUUCAUGGUGGUAGUGUCAGCGCUCAAUCUUGCCGCGGCGUUCCGCGUGUCGGACAAGCGCGUAUUACAAGUGUAG